AUGACUACUCAUUCUUCUGCCAUUUUUGCACUGCUAUGCAUCAUUUUUGCAUCUACUUUGGCGGCUAAUGAUGCAAGUUGUUGCACUGUUGGAAGCGCUACCUAUCGGAUAACUUUCGAAGGAAUCUGGACCAACACUGCUUCAUACCCUUACUAUCCGACUAACUUUCCCCAUUGGUCUCCUUUCAUUGGAGCUAUCCAUUCCCCAGCUGUAACGGUAUAUGAAUAUGGAAAAUAUGCAUCGUCUCAAGUUAAAUCCGUUGCUGAAGCUGGUCAAGCUCGUAAGAAUAAAAAUAAAAUUAAAAUAAUUCGACAUAUAUUACUGAUGGAUUUACUCCAGAUAAUUACUCAUAAUUAUAGAGCUGUAAUGAUGCUAAUUUUUGCACACGUAAUCUACCUCGUUCUAAUAGAGCCAUUGAAAAAUUUAUUAACGCCCAUGACAAGUAAAGUUAAAAAAGUCUUCGUCUCGCCUGGUGGAUCUCUUGGGCCAACUGCAAAAUAUUCUGUCACUGUUGACGUUGACAAUAACUUUAACCUAUUAUCUGCUUUAACGAUGAUUGCUCCUAGUCCAGAUUGGUGUGUCGGUGUAAGUCGUUUAAACUUCUGUACCAAACAGUGUGGAUUUAUAGGCAACACGACUAUGGAUUUAUAUUUAUGGGAUGCUGGCACUAAGGCCGGAGCUGCUGAACAGUACACCUACACCGGCAGUACUACCAAUAGAACGAUCUAUCAACUCAAAUCAACUAACGAUUCAUCAAGCGUAUUUUAUCGAGCUAACGGCGGUUCCUUGCCACCUUAUGCUAAGUUACACAUCGAGAGAUUAUCACAAAAUAUAGCUUCAAAUGAUGCAACUUGCUGUAGCGCAGGUAGUGCUACUUACGAGUUAACCUUCGAAGGAAUCUGGGUUAACAGUUCCGCUUACCCCUUCUAUCCCUCUAACUUUCCUCAUUGGUCUACUUUUAUUGGAGCUAUCCACUCUCCAGCUCUAACCGUGUAUUCAUAUGGUCAAUAUGCAUCACCUGAAGUAGAAUCUGUUGCUGAAGCUGGUAACGCAGGUCCAUUAAAAAAUUUGUUAACGCCUAUGACUGACAAAGUUAAAAAAGUUUUCGUCUCUCCUGGUGCAUAUCUUGGACCAACCGCAAAAUAUACUGUCACCGUUGAUGUUAAUAAAAAUUUUAAUCUACUAUCUGCUUUAACGAUGAUUGCUCCUAGUCCAGAUUGGUGUGUUGGCGUAAGUCGUGUAAACUUCUGUACCAAACAGUGCGGAUUCAUAGGCAACACUACUUUGGAUUUGUAUUUAUGGGAUGCUGGUACCAAAGCCGGACCUACAGAACAAUAUACCUACGCCGGUAGCGCAACUAAUAGAACGAUUUAUCAACUCAAAUCAACUAACGAUUCAUCAAGUGUAUUUUAUCGAGCUAACGGCACUUCCUUGCCACCUUUUGCAAAGUUGCAUAUCAGGUUGCUUUCACUUGGCACGCUAGGUUCACUCGGCACGCUAGGUCGAAUUAAUGAUGCCAUGGCCGGUCCUUCGCGAUCAAUUGCCUUGAUCUUCUUUGCCUUGGUUAUUGCAAAUGUAGCUAAAUUUCUUACUUCCACUUAA